GUUAAAAAUGGCUGAAAAUGUUGUCAACACUUAAACACUGUUUUGAAAACUAAAACAAAUCAUUUGUUUUCAAUUUGAAUUCAAUUUAAUAAUUAUGUAUUAAUUAUGGCAUAAAUCGUGACAUUAAUUGCCAUUCAUAUCAAGUGUUGUUUGAAUUGUGUCUCAAAAUGAGUGCCAAAAGUAUCAGACAUUUCACACAAAAAAGUGAUCACUAAUUGAGAGAUGAGUUGUUUUGUGGACUGAAUUGACAGCCAUUUGAGUGAAUCAAUUGGUGACCAAUCGGUGACCAUAUGAUGACCGCAAUGACAAUGAAUGCUGUGAUGGCAUGGCUUGUGGUGACGAUAUCGUUGCGGACGUCAUCGAUGGUGAAGGCCUGCAGUGUCGACAUGUGUUCCCGCGAGUACUCAUCGGUGUUGCAGAUGUCUCAGCAGUGGUCGGCCGGUGGGGGCGAGUCAUCACCCGAUGCCGACCAUCAGUACUGUGCGCUCGUCAACGCCUAUCAACACUGUCUGAAGUCGAUCGGCAGGUCGUGUCGCGGAAACCUCGAGUUCCACACAUUGCAGACACUGCUCAAGACGUGGAAACACGAGCGCAACUGUUCCCACACGUCGACAAUGUCGGCCACCUAUCGGCCCCAUUCGGUGGCCUCAGCGCAGCGCAAGUCUGGCCACUCGUUGGCCGCACAGAAUCAACAGCAGAGGCAACAAAAUUUGGACGAUAUUCAGGAACAACAGUCGCGUCUUCAGCACUGUUUGUCCGCCGCCUAUAACUAUACCAUCAAUACAGACGUCUCGGCGGCCAUCGAUGUGCGGACAGACCAUCGCACCCAACGUGUGGUGACCACCGCUGGACCCAAAUCGCGGUCGAGGGGUCGUCCGGUUCGCGACAGCGACCCGUCUGUCAAAACAAACUUUUUCCCCAUCAGAGGGGAGACCAUUGAUUUGGACGAAGACAUGAACCAAAAUGAGUUCAACUCGAGUCCAAUGCCGCCAACAGUGCCAACGUUGAAGCCAUCGGUACCGCCGUCGCCGCCCCUCACGUGUAUUAUAUACGGCGAUCCACACCUCAGGACAUUCAACAACGAGUACCAGACGUGCCGGUGUUCGGGCGCCUGGCCUCUCAUCGAUCACCCCCUCUUCACCGUUCAGAUCACCAAUUCUCGCAUCAAAGGUGCCAAUCCUCAGGUGACAGGAGUGACCAAAGUUGUGGUUCUUGUCCGACAGUUCCAGAAGUGUGGCAUUUUUACGGAUCUCUUAUACGAAGCCGACAGUCAGACCACACAAAACGGUCAACGAGUGGGCACCCCUUCGGCCACAUUCAUAGACGGGAGUACUUCUAACUCGAAUAAUCUGAUCCGAAUCACCCAAUCAUCAAAUAAUAAUGUAAUUACAAUACAUUUGGAUCACAUCGGGGUUCGUGUAUAUAUAGGACAGUUUGAGAGGUCGGCGCACCUGAACGUUGUGAUCAAAUUUCGUUCGGCGACCUCUACUGUGAAACAACAAUUAGUGCUCAACUCAAUCAGUUCUAACUCGUUGUGCAAAAUGGGUUGUCCUAAACGGGAACUCAUAGACAUUCAGAACAUAUUGAGUGCCACUGGUGUUGACGUGAACGGUGCCAACGGUGCCAACAGUGCCUCACAAACAGACAAUAGUGUCACAGACUAUAAGUCGGACUCCGGUGUGACGGAAGGGGAGGACAGCGACGACGACGCUGUGGUGGACGAGGAGGACGUACGGGAGGACCCGUGUCAUGACCUGCACGGCUACUACAGGAUCUCCUGUCUGUACGACGUGACCAUCAAAGGUAAAUCGGAACUAAUGGCCGGCUUUUGGCAAAGUGUUGUGAAUGCCCAGAGAAGUGUACAGUAUAAGCACCGGAGGCCACACAUCAGUGCUAUAUUUACUCCACAAAUGCUCACUAACGUCACAUCACGUCUACUGUAA